AUGGCCAGGGCUGACCGCGUCUGGCCGGUUGACCUGCCACGCGGCGCUUCGGGACUGGCCGGUCCACGACCCGCGCCUGUGGACCGGGGCGGUGGCGGCUGGUCCACCGGUCCACCGUGGACCGGGGAGGGUCGGGCGGCCGGCCGCGACGGCGGCGCCAUGGCCGCGCCAGUGAGCUCGUCGCAGCGGCUUUGCGGGGCACGGGAGGCCGUGCCGAGGGCACGAACGCGUCGCGUGCGGCGUGGCGGGUGCAGUGCGAAGGCUGGUCGCACGGAAGAGAGGCCGGGGCGAGUGGGCUUCGCGGCGGGGCGGCUCGGCGACGACGAGAACUCCGGCGACUUCAAAGCUAGGGCCUCGGGGCUUCACGAGCGCGGCUUGGUGGCGGCUAGGGUUCUAGGGACGCGUGCGGGCGGCGACAGGGCCUCCAAAUCUGGCACCCCCCUAUCCCGUGGGUCCCACCCACUUUUCCCCUCCCACCGCGUGACCGCGCCUCGUCCGCGAGCGAGCGCCGCCGCGCGCUCGACCGCGCCGCGCCGGAGCACCUCGUCCACCGAAGUCGGUGCAGGAGGCUCGUCACGCCGGAGCAGGAGCUGCGACCGCGACCGCGACCGCACCGCGCUGGAGCGUCUUGUCUGCGAACGCACCGCCAAGAUCUGCCACCGUGACCGCGCCGCCAAGAUCCGCGAACACGCCGGAACAGGAGCAGUUCCUCUCCCAUGGACGGCGGCGCGUCCCAUGGAAUCCCCGGAGGCGGGCUGCCUCCCCGUCCGGCGUUGGCUCCCACGCGACGUCGUGCAUUCAUCGCGCCGCAUCCCCGUCCUACCUCGGCUCCUGUCGACACCAACCUGUCUCGUACCCAAGAACGUCCAUCUCCCAGCGGUGGCGGCAGCAGGAUGCCUUCUCCCGGCGGGCGGCGGCGGCAGCGGCUUACCUCCUCGGCUCUGCAACGACCCGCCUCGACUCGGCCCUCGCGCAUUGACCUUCAUGGAGCCUCACUCCAACACCUGGGACGCCAACAGCAGCAUAUGGGACGCCGGCAGCACCACAUCAUCACCAGCACAAGCACAUGUCUACGAGGUUGCCGACGACGACUUCAGCCAGAUUCAUUGGACGCCUGAGUACUCGCAAGCAAGGGCUUCAAGUGAACCACUAAGUGGAUAUUACUCAAAUAUGUUGACACCAGGAGUUGAUGGUGAUUUGGAAUUGCCAAGGCAGCAGGAUACCACUCCAAGUACUGGUGGCAAAUCCAAGCGAGGCAGCAACUACAGUAAUCUUGAAGAUAUCCAACUUUGCAAAUCUUGGAUUAAUAUCAGCAAUGAUCCUAUCAUAGGCAAUCAGCAGUCAGAAAAAACUUAUUGGGAGAGGAUCGCUAAUCAUUUCCACACGAACAGGGACUUUGACUCCGAUAGGACUCCCAAUUCACUUGAGCACCGCUUUGGGAUCAUACUAAAGGAGUGCAUGAAAUUCCAUGGCUACUACGAGGAGGUCGAGCGUCGUCAUCCAAGUGGCAUUCCAUACCAAGAGCAUCUGCUUGAAGCCCAAGCAAGGUAUGCCAGAAAAUCCAACGGCAAAAAUUGUCAAUUCGAACAUUGCUGGCUCACAUUGAGGCACACUCAGAAGUUUGAAUCAACGCUUCAAGGCAACAAGGGGCCAGCCAAGUCCAAAGAGGUCAACUUCUCGGUAAGAAGUGAACAAGAGGACGAUGACUCAACCACCCAAGGCCAACAGAGCUCCUCACUCCCUUCAGCUAAGAAAGCCCGACCUCCAGGUAGAAGGCAAUCCAAAGAGAAGCUGAAAAACAAUGAAGGAGAUGACGAGUAUAAGGAAAUGAUGCAAAAACUGAUGGUAAUAAAGGCCGAGGAACAUAUGAUGAAGAAAGAUAGGUGGGAGAAGGAUAUGAUGGUUGAGCAGCGUAGGCUUCGGAUAGAUGAGGAGCGACUGCAGUGGGAGCAGGAACAAAAGAUCAUGUUUUGUGAUGUGACCACCAUGGAUGAUGAUCAAAGGGCAUAUGUCAAGGCGAAGAGGGCGAAGAUUGUCAAGGCGAUGAGUGCUAGUGUAGGCGAGACGGCUAGUGGUGAGAGUGCAGUGUAGGUUUUUGUAAACAUACAUUUGCCAUGUUCAGGCAGUUCAAUUAUGAGUUAUUAGUUGAAGGACUUUGUAAACACUUGCUAU